UAUAAUGGAACUUCAGCUGAUUCUUCUGGCGGUCCUCUCCUUCUUAAGCCAUGCAAAUGGGGCAGACUACGAACUUGUGGUGGUGGAUGAGGAUAUAUUCAGCAGUUGUCCUGGUGCUGGUCCCGGCACACUGGAUAUACAUGGCCUUCUGGACAUGUCAGAGUUCUCUACUUCCAUGGAUUCUGAUGGUGUCACUGUAAGCGGAAACACGACUAUGGUGUGGGACAUCGAACUGGAGGAUCGCGUAACGUUCUCUGUAAACCUUCUUUACUUGGAGCGAGGCACCUGGAAGCCGACAAUGUUCUCAUUGUUUAGUAACGAUUUCUGUAAGGUGAUGUACGAAAAAAAGCAGUUAUGGUAUAAAGUAUGGACGCAACACAUUUCUAACGAUAUCCAGGAUAAAUGUAUUAAUAGCCCUGGGACUAAAAUAAUUUUGAACACAUAUUUGGUAAAAUUGACGUCUUCAAUCUCGGGACCACUUCGUGAAGGUCACUACAAAGCCAACAUAGCCUUCCGAGCUUUCGAUUCCUACGGAGUGGAGAGGCCAACUCGUAUUUGCUACGAAAUAUUGGGCGACAUAUUUAAAGUUACGAAAUAAUAGUAAUAGCUUAAUUAUAAUACAUUUAUAUUUUUUGCCAAACGUCCAACAUGCACAAGCUCAACAAUAAUCCAAAGGUCUUUGUAUUUUGACCAUUUACCAUUAAUAAAUAAAGUAAAUGUAAAAACCA